AUGUUCAACAUCAUUUUUACUAUGUUCAAUAUACAGAAUGCAUUGGUUAAUUCGCUCAUCAAAGAAGUAAAGAUGCUCCCAUUAGAUACUGUAGUGUCAUUUAAAGCCAACCAAUGGCUCGAUUGUCUCAGUCGUAUUCAAACCCUUUGUUCAACAAAGUGGAUAAAAAAGAAAGACCAUAAGAUAAGAGGGUUGGUUUUUGGCGAAACAAGAUUAUGUCAUCAUGCAGGAGAAUAUACCCUGGAUUGGAGUGUCUGUUUAGCUCAAAAGGACUCAAAGCAUUGCAACUAUGCUGUCAUUCUUUAUAUCAAGCAGUAUGUCGACAACCCCAACGUUGUUGACUUUUGUAUGAAGAAAGAUCAUACAAAUCAUGUUCCUGGAGAGAGUUCAAAUAUUAGAACUUUGCCUUUGACUUCUGAGACUGUUAAAAUGAUUGAGAAUCAGUUGAGAGGAGGAAGCAAUUUUAGAAACACUAGAAUUUCUGUCCUUAGACAGAUUGAAGAGUGGGGUACUGGUGUUAGAAAGCUCAAUUAUGAAGACGUAUAUAACAGAAUGAGAAAGGUGUUCACAAUAAAAAAUGUUUCGACCUCUGAGCCCAAAAAAUGCAUGAGAGAAAUCAUGGCAUGUAUUCAACAUGCAACUGCUCCUCAGUAA